AAAAAAAAAAAAAAAGCCCCUAACAAAUAGGGGCGAUCUGGCAUGUUCCCCACCCCUUCCUUGCCUCUGGGUAAGCCCAGGGGCCUCUCUACAGCCUCUGGAGGGUCAUGGAGAGGCAGAAGGUGGAAACUGGAGACAGGUAAGUUAAUUAUUUGGCUCCUCUUUGAAUGGAUGUUCUGGAAAUAUUUGCUUGACAUUUUUUUCUCGAAGCAGAGACUGAUGCUUUGUGGAGGAAGGGAGGAGGCCCUACCCUAGCCUUACUCAAAAUUCUGAGACCUUCUUCACCCACAUCUGUCCCAGAGCAGCUAAACAUGAAAAUCACAAGAGGGAGCUGUCCGGCUUUACUUUCAGCGCUCUCCAGUAGAGUAGUACCUGAAAUAUGCCUAGUGUGACUGAGGAGCUGAAUCUUGUAAUUGUAUUUAAUUUUGAUUACCUUAAAUUUAAGUAGCCACAUGUGGCUUGUGGCUUACCUUAGAGACAGCACAACUGGUUCCAGGUUAUCCACAUUGGGCUAAUCGAGUCACCCCACCCCCUACAGUGGGUCAGAGCUGAAUUGUUUGGCAGAAGUGGUUGAGGAGAAGCCUAGGGUUGCCCCCCUUUUCCACUCAGGAUCAGCCUCUUAAAAAAAAAAAAAGUAUCAUCGAACAGUCAUUUCCAAAACAUCAGUGUGAAGAGAAACCGAAUAAUUAGCUUCCCUGAGCAAACCCCAACAUCUGUGCCCAGUUGGGCUAGUGCUUGGCUCACAGUAGCACCUAAUUAACCAACCAGUUGCUGUGGAGUUCAUUCGAACUCAUGGAGGCCCCCUGGGGUUUUCAAUGGCUCUGAUUUUUUGGAAGCAGAUUGCCAGGGCUUUCUUCUGAGGAGCCUCUGGGUGGAUUCAAACUGCCAACCUUUAAGUUAGUAGCUGAGCAUUUAACCAUUUGUGCCACCCAGGGACUCCAGUGCUUAAUUUGUGCUUCUUUAAUGACUUAGACUUCUCACUGCUGCCCUCCGAAUAUGUGGGCUCAUUCCUGGGACCAAGAUGGAAUUUGUUCCUGUUAGCAUCAUGAGGUCACAGCUUUUAUUUAUGGGCAUUAGAAAAGGUGUUAAACUUCCUCAUUUGGCCAGGGAACCACACAGAAAAGCAGUAAUUAGUAGUGUGGGCCCUGGAGUCAGGUUUUCAAGCUGGAAUCUGGCUUUUCUCUCUCGGGGGAUGUGACCUAGGGCAAAUUACUUAACCUCUCUGUGCCUGUUUCUGCACCUGUGAGAGCCAUAAUAGUACCUCUGUCAUCAUAAGGUUGUUGGGUGGAGUAACUGCUUGAUCACCGCCUCCUAUUACGAUGAUACUGACGAUGCUGACUAUGAGCAUGAUGGUGAUAAAGGUUUUCAGGAAACCAUUUGAAGGUGUGACUCCUAACCUGUUCCCACAAUGGGGCAGCUGCAAGUUACACAUGUGCAUGGAACAGACAACCUUCAGUUUGCACAGCCUAGUUUAAAAUGUGCUUGAAUUGAUCCUUUUUUCUUUUAGUUUUUCUUUCUUUCCCGUGUUUAAAGAAAACAUUGAGUGACUCCCAGUCUAGACCUUAGAUGUGAGGCAGGCCCAUUAACUGCUAGAGGGUGGUGUGGAUAAUGCACAGUGCAGCUCGGGUCUUGGCUUGGCAGACGAGAUGAUGUGGGUAUUGACAGCUGUCACUUAGAGGCUUUCCUUUGUAGCUUUUCACACAGAGCUAAUUAUUAUUAAUCAAAAUAUUGAAGUCAAGAGUAGAACCUGAAAGUGUUGAGAAAGUUGAUUUUACCUCCCCGCUCCCCUCUCACUAACUGCCUGCCGCCUUUUGAGCGUUGUGUGCGCACUUCAGGGUCAUUGUGUGUGAGGGACAGUGAACGCGGCUGGGCAAGGACCAGAAAUGAGCAAGGCCGCUAGGUGCGGUGUAGCCUCUCUCCAGAUGGAGAACUCUAAGGUAAAACAGAGUGAAAUAUGUGUGCUGAACCUUGUGAGGAGCUGCUGUGGGAGUGCAGAGCGUCACGUGUGGGGAUCCGGGGGUCUUGAAGGCAGGAAACGUUUAAACAGGAGAGGUGGGGAUGCAAGAAGGCAUUUCAGGUGAAGGGGUAGAGAUGAGCAGGAAGGGGCAUGGGAGAAAGGGGGCAGUGCUAAGGUCAAGUUGAGAAGAGUUUGGGAUCAGAUUGUGGAGGGCUGUAAUGCAAUGAUGAGCCCAGGAGUUGGGCCUUUAAAUUCUUGAGGGUGUUCAUAUUGCUGGUAACAUAAUGAUCAAGAGUUGAUUUAAAAAACAUGGAAAUGGCUCUUUUCCAGGAUUUCUGGAUUUUCCAGUAUUUCUGUCUUGAGCUUUAAUAUUCCUGAUGCCUAAUCCAGGCUGUGGAAUCAAACACCUAUGCAGAAUCGAUGCAAUCCAGUAUUCCUCACGCCCUCCCAAGCCGCAUUCCCGAGGCCUACGUUCCUUUGCAAGUCACAGCAGGAACCACCCACCCAGAAAGGAACCUAGUUGCUAUGGCAGCAAGCUCGCUUAUGAUGUCAGUGUGCGCCGCCUGCCCAAGGGCAAGGCGCAUGCUCUGGGAAAGCACGUCUGGGGGUAGUAGCACUAAAGCCAAUUUCUCCAGAAAGUUGUGCUUAAGCAUUUAUGUAGAUAAUACUCAGGAACGACCAAUUUUAAGAGAGUGCACUAAAUUGUUUCUAAUCUUAAAACGAUCAUGAAGUUCACUUAAUCUUUAAUGUCAGGGCAUUUUGCGGGGGGAGCCGUCAUUUGUUUCGUCUUACUUGUUAUAGAUACUUAAAUGACAAACAGGAGUACAUUAUAUACAUUUUUCUUUGUGAUCCUAAAAUAAUAAGAUGGACUUUGGAGCAAACUUAGGAGAGCCAAAAUUGAACCUGAGUGUUGUAUUGAGAGUUCAUGUGUGCUCUCAGCAGUUGGCUCCUUUCAGAAAUUAAAAUGGUCAGAAUCCAUGUAAUGAUCAUAUCCAAAAUCUUGUCCACUUUUGUGCCUCUUUCUUCUCCCAGCUGGUUCUAUCUCAGGACUAGAAGCUGGUGCCAGGGAGACCAGGUGGGCUUCUCUGCCCACUGUCAGUCUUCUCCAUCAUUUACCUCACUUUUGGACCUCUCCAGGGCCAGGGAAUUAGGGGAAGGGCUUGAGUGUCCCUGGCCGAUGUUGGGGCCGCUACAGCACAGUUUGGUGGGUGAGUGUGGAAGCUGUGGAGGCCACCACUUGACUGUGGGGGCCUGGCUGUAGGUGGUGGGGAAUGAUGGAUAGGGCCUUCUGUGGAUGAAGCGAUGGUGAUGGAUGACACGUGUGUGUGUGGCAAACACAGCUUGAGCCCAGCUGCCUCUGGCACUCAGCAUUAGGGGAAAAGUGUAGUUGGUGGCGGCUUCUCUCUGAAGAACUGUCUCAUUGUAUUUUCUCCCUUGCAGGCAUGGAAGGAUUUUUAAAAUCCGACGAGAGACAGAGACUAGCUAAAGAAAGACGAGAAGAAAGAGAGAAAUGUCUUGCUGCCCGGGAGCAGCAGAUCAUAGAGAAACAGAAAAGAGCCAAGCUCCAGUAUGAAAAGCAAAUUGAGGAGCGAUGGCGAAAACUGGAGGAGCAGCGGCAACGGGAGGAUCAGAAGAGGGCUGCCGUGGAAGAGAAGAGGAAGCAGAAGCUACGGGAGGAGGAGGAGCGGCUGGAGGCGAUGAUGCGCAGGUCCAUUGAGCGCACCCAGCAGCUGGAGCUGAAGAAGAAGUGCUCGUGGGGAGGAACGCCAGCCGCGGGGUCCGGAGGCCGAGACGCAUGUGACAAACUUUCAACAUCAGCCAUGAACUUGCCAAAGCAGACGGAGACUCCCAUGAGUAAACGCCUGUCUUCAUCCACCGUGGCAAUACCCUAUUCUCCAGACCGAGCUCAUCGCAUGCACCUUAGUCCCAUGGAAACCUUUCUUGUUAUGCGACUGUUGACACCCACACAGGCUUCUUUAGCCAGGAGCAGAAGUGCACUCAUGCUCUCUGAGCAGCCCGGUGACUCAGUAUCCCAUGCCUGUCCUCGUGUAGCUCCUGUUGGCCCUCUCAAAUCUUCUUUCAAGUCUUCUCCCACUCGAAAUGCUGAGAGAAGGAAGACCACAUCUACAUCUGGCGUAGGAGAUUCGGGAAAAGGAGCCACUGCAGGAGCUGAGGCCCCCCUGGUGGAGAAGUCAAAGAGGGAGGCUCGAACACUAACUUCCGUGACCAGCGUGGGCCUGGGAUCCCCUCUGAGAAGAUGUGACUUUCCAACGGGACUUUCUAAGAGAUCGUCUUCUCCUGUGACAUCCAAGUUAAGUUCCAAAGCAUAUCCACAAUCUCCUAAGAACGUGAAGCCACCAUACCUAGGGUCGCCGGUGAGAUACCGCCUUCCUGCUUUUUCCAACCAAGAGGUUCCCAAGAAGAAGGCAGAGAAAGAGAAGACCAACAAGGAAAGGGAAGGUGCUGUUGGCCAGCAGGCAUUUGGUACGCACAGAGAGGAGGCCCCUGAGAAGCACGUUUUGGACAAGCACACUACUGAGAAGCAUGCUGCUUCUGGAGGGAAGGCUGAGAGCAACGAAGGGAAGCCCAUAGCAGGCACCACUGAUGCUGGAGAGGCCUCAAAGAUCCUGGCCGAGAAGAGACGACAGGCCCGGCUGCAGAAGGAGCAGGAAGAGCAAGAACGACUGGAGAAGGAAGAACAAAACAGGCUGGAGAAAGAGGAAUUAAAAAGAAAGGCAGAGGAGGAAAGACUUCGUCUAGAAGAAGAAGCCCAUAAACAGGAAGAGGAAAGGAAGCGGCAGGAAGAGGAAGAGAAAAUAAAGGCAGAAGAGGCGGCCAAGCGGAAGGCUGAGGAGGAACUCUUGUUGAAAGAAAAGCAAGAAAAGGAAAACCAAGAAAAAGAAAAGCAAGAAAAAGCCAUGAUCGAGAAGCAGAAAGAAGCAGCAGAAGCAAAGGCCCAAGAAGCAGCUAAGCAGAUGCGUCUAGAAAGAGAACAGAUAAUGCUGCAGAUUGAGCAGGAGCGACUGGAGAGGAAGAAGAGAAUAGAUGAAAUCAUGAAGAGAACAAGGAAGAGUGAUGUGUCUCCAGAAGUGAAGAAAGAAGACCCUAAAGUGGGGAUUCCGCCUGUUGUGUGUGUGGAAAGUAAGACAAAACCAAUUGUCCCGAACAAAAUUGAAAUCAAUGGAUUGAACACCUGCCAGGAAGUGAAUGAUGUAGGGCGCACUGCCCCAGAAUCUUUUCCCCGAGAUAUUUUCACCAAUGGGCUUAAACCAGUUGCAGGAUUUAUUCAUCUGGACAGUCUUGAUGGGAAAUCAAAUAGUCUGGAUGAUUCCACUGAAGAAGUUCAGUCUAUGGACGUGAGUCCUGUUUCAAAAGAAGAGCUUAUCUCCAUCCCAGAAUUUUCACCAGUGAGUGAAAUGAUUCCUGGAGGUUCUUUGGACCAAAAUGGAACUGGUAAUGCCCGAGCACUUCAAGAUCUCUUAGAUUUCACCGGCCCCCCAGCGUUUUCCAAGAGAUCCAGUGAGAAUCUCAGCCUGGAUGACUGUAACAAAAACCUGAUUGAAGGAUUUAACAGUCCUGGCCAAGAAAAUACUCUGAACACCUUCUGUUGACUAAUCCAAUUAAUGAAAGGUGGUGUUUGGAGCUCCCAUGAAGCUGCUGGUGGUUGUGUCCGAGCUGCUGCCCUGUCUAAAGAAGCUUUUGUCAUCCUUAACCACUGGAUUCCAAAUUAUUAGACCUAAAUGUAACUGUAUUCCUAGGUAGUAUGUCAAACACUGGCCACUCUGGUAGAAACCUUGAGACUUUUGCCUAGUUGGGCUUUAGCAGUUUCAUUUUCCAGUUCUAUUUAGAAGCUUCAGCUGCUAAUAAAGCACUUCCUGUACUUCUCUAGUAUCCUAGUGAUCCUCUCAGUGCCCUAAGUGAUUCUAGCUUGGAAACUGACUUUAUAACCAUCUUUAUUCCCAAAGUUGGCACGGAUUAACAUUUAGAUAACUUUUCCUGUAAAUAUUCUAUACAUUUACGCAAACUCUACUUAAAUGUAUACUGAACUUGAGCUGCAUAUCUCCCUGUCUUUGUUUAAAAGAAGAAAUUCAGAAUCCCUCCCCCUAUCCCAAGUGUCUUUGUUGGAAGGUACUAUCAAGAAGCCCUUUUUUAUUAUUAAGCUUAGCCACCUGCAAAAUGUAUCUCCCCAUAGUACUCUUUGGAGGCUAAAGUAGAGAGCCUGGUUGAGUAAGGAAGUAAUUGAACAGUGUAUAAUGAUUUUGAUUCUAUUAUGUUUAUUCUCAUAUACAUGGGCAACUGAAAAUAGCAAGGUCUUUUCACGUUGCAACUCAAAAUCUCCAAACUAGUCACUCCAAACCAUUGAAUGGCUCUUGGAUUGAAUGAAUGAACAAAUGACAUGUCUCAUGUACAAGUAGUUGGUUGGUUUUCAUGGUGUUGCUAUGGUUUUUCUCUUGGAUCUUGGGGGUUUUAUUUGUGGGUUUGCUCCUGUAUUUGCUCAACACUAAUCAAACCAGGACCAAAUGAAAACCAUAGUGCUCUGAAAUGAGGGAACCCGAAUUGGACUCAAUAUGUCACCUUCACAGACUGUAACGGAACAAUAUCUGAAUGAGGGGGGUGACACUAGAAGGUAUGCUCUGCAUAUUUUAUGCCACAUAAUGGUAUUUUCUCUUAAUUUUGUUUCUUGUGGUAAAAAAAAAAUGUAACUUUCAGAUUAAAAUGAUCUUUUCUUUGAAACUUUUUUUCGUUUUACUUAUGCAGUGAGGGGUUUGGAAAGAUCCAUGAUUCUGAGAGAGGUGUGCAACCAGGAGGUAUAAAGAAGUCUCAAUAGAUAUCUUGUUCAUGUGCUUUUAAAAGCAGCUACAAUUUAAGAAUUUAUUAGUUAUGGAAACUGUGUAUGUCUCUGUAUGUAUAUAUACUAAAUAAAAUACAUGUCUCCAAUGUUUCAGAGCCAUUUAUCUUGAUGAAUAUCAGGGGAAGAAAUCCCUUGUAUGACACGCACACAGACUGUGAUAGCAUGGGUCUGUCUUUCAAAAAAAAUGCCUCGCCAUCUUACAGCAGAUUUUGCUAAAUGUUUUGUUAUGAUCUGUUGUACCUCACAGCGCCAUGGUGACCAUGGUAAUGCCUCCUUUGCAUGAUGUGUACACUGUGUUUAACGUGAAAUACAUUUCCAUGGAAGAGUCUGAUGGCUUGCUAGUGUUGUGUUUGUUUAUGUAAGCUCAAUGAAGAAACGUGCUGAAACCAAAUCAGGGUUUUAAAAAUCUACGUGGGAAAAAAACAACAAAACAAAAAGCCUAUGUGGCUGUCCUUUCCCUGUCAAACUCAUUAAAAAGUUCUUCUGUUGUUAGUUCAAGUAAAGCCAGUUGUAGAAAUAAGGUUCUUAAGUGAUCAGCUCUCCCUAGAACAUGAUGAACAUCUAAGUACAGGAAAAUUCCUCAGCUUUUAUACCACUGAGGCAGAGGUAUUUCUAGAUGAAGUUAAGCUUAUGUAAUCUAUGAAAACAUUUUGUAUAGCAAUUUUCAUAUUUAAACAAAAUUAUAAUGGGGAUAAAAAAAAAACCAAACCUG